AUGAGGAGGCACACUAAGCUGAAUCUGGAUGAUCUGGGCUGUGGUUUUCUCUUGGAUCCAGAGCGACCUGCAGGCCUGGGCUUGAAUCAUCGCGGCAAACAGGAGGAACACAGAGCGUCAACCCAGCGAGCCUGCUCCAUUUGCUGUCAUUGUUGGUGUUUCAGUUUGGAUUACUUUUGCUUCUGUUCUGAGAAGAGCACAGUGGGAGUCGUGCUGCAGCCACAGAGGGACUCUGAAUCUCUGGACCGCUGCAUCCAGAGUGCUCUCUCAGCCCUCUACCCGCCUUUCCAGGCCACAUCUCCGACCGUCCUCUGUCAGGUCCUCAACGUGGUCGAGAGCUGCUACAGAGGAGACGGUCUUCGCUACCUGAUCCACUUCCUGCUGCCUGCAAAGCAAUUCUUAGCAAACCUCCAGCAAGAUGCCUGUGUGAAGUACUGUGGUCUGUUGUUCCGCCAUGAAGGCUGGCCUCUGUGCGUCCAUGAGAAGGUAGUCGUUCAGCUCUGUCCUCUGGACCCGUGCCUUCUCCUUCCAGGAGACUUCUACCUGCUGGUUUCUCCUCCUGCUGCUGUCCCCCCACCACCUCGAGCACGAGGCGCCUCCUGCAGGAGCACUGUCGCCGCCUCCCCUCGUCUGCUCCUGUGCAGCUUGUCAGCCAGCAGCCAUCAUGUGGAGCAGCGCGAGGUGUCGGAGAUAGCCCUGAGAUCUCUCUUCAGCAUGGCCUGGCUGGACUCGGUCAACAGAGAGAGGGAGCACCAAGGAGCGUCCAGGUUGGAGCGCUGCCUCCUCUCUGCCAAUGGAGAUGUCUUCAGGGUCCCCUGGGAGGACCUUGUUUACCCACAAUUCAUCAGCCAGCCCCGGACCUCACUGAAGGAAGAUCAGGAAUCAUCAGUUAAGGAUGGAGAUUUGCUAAUAAAUACAUCAACCAAUCAGUGCAGAGAUACUGAUACCUCAAGACAGGAUGUUAAGCUCCUCCCAUCUUCAACUAAAACUGAGAAAUCACAAGCAAGCAGCGACGACUCGGACUCAGAGGGCGAAUAUGUGGAGCUGUCUGAGCUCCCACUGCCUCGCUUCUCCCCUCAGAAAGGCUCCUUAACGCAGUCCAUCAGCCUGCAGCACAGAGCCCGCACCAGCACACACACCGCUGCACACACACCUCAAAACACUCCCACAACCACUGACACACCAGCUGCUAUGAGCACAAACACGUCCCAAAACACUCCCACAACCACUAACACACACUCCUCUGUCAACACACAACCGCAAAACACUCACAAAUGCAUCAAUACACACACUGUGAGCACAAACACACCUCAAAACAUUCAACCACUGACUGCUGCUAUAACACACACUCCCAGAACUGCUCACACAAACACCACACACUCGUCCUGGGCCUACGAGAAGGUCAGUUCUGCCACUGUCCUGUGCUCCAGGCUCAUCGAGGAGAUCCCCAACCAGGACUUCAAUGAACCGGUCAUCCUCACCCCAAUCUCCAGCACCUCCCCCCCCUCCUCCUCUGCUGCUCCUCCUGAAGUUGUGAAAACCUCCAGCUGGAUGCCACUGGAGCAAAUAGAAGGUACUGAUCCAGAGGGGAGUCUGAAGACACACACUAAAUCUGCAAACUGCACAGAACAGACAGAGAAGCAUGAUUUGAAAGAGAUCAAGGAGGAGUUUGAAGAGGAGAAGCAAGGGAAAGAGGAGACAGAGGGGGAGGGGGAGCUGAUGGGACAGGAAGAGAGGCAUGAAAUGUUAGAGAAUGAGGGUGAAGAGAAGGAAGAAGAACAGGUGGAGGACAGAGAGAGUAGAAGGCACACAUACAAAGCUGAAGAGAGAGGAGAAAUUAAGGAGUAUGAAAAAAAACACACGUGUAGAAAAGUCUCAAACGCACCAGGAACAGCCUGA